UCGCGAGCGGCUGCCAAACAACAAAGAUGCGCCACGCUUCACUGAUCCGCUGGCAUGCCACCAGCCCGAUGACGCACUGCACCAGCAGCAACAGCUUUAGAGGCAGCUACGUGUUGCUGCUGCUGCUGCCGCUUCUGCUGCUGACGCACGUUCAUCCAGCUGCCGUUGGCGAUGCGGAUGCCGACGGUCUGUGCCUGGUACGCGCCACACUCUAUAUCACAGCGCCGGAGCAGCGCAGCGAGCAGGACUUUGGUCUGCCGCUGGACAUCGAUUGCGCCGACAAUGGCAGUAGCUCGACUGCAGCCUUCGACCUGCUCCCGCAGCGCGUGGCGGGCAAGUUGCACGUGCGGCUCAAUGGCAGCCAAACGCCGCCGCUGGGCGUAGCCAGCUACGGUCUCGAGUAUCUGGACAACUGUGCGCAGCUGCAGAGCAUUCAGAUCGAGCGUUUUGUUACCGACGCCAGCCUGGUUCUGUGCUGCCGCGCCGGCGUUCCGCUGAAGCAUGUGCGUUCGGUUGCGCUGCGCCACAACGAGCUGGGCACGCUCAGUGGCCACAGUUUUGAGCUGGUGCCGCACCUGCAGCAGCUGUUGCUGGAGGACAAUGCGCUGCGGCUGCUGGAAACGCUCCGGGGCUGCGGCGAGCUGCAGCAGUUGGUAAUACGGCGGGAGCGGCAGCUGGCGCUGCGGCAGGCGCACGUUCUGGGCCAGCUGGGGCAGUUGCAGCGGCUGGAGCUGACACGGCUGAAGCUCGUCUCGGGCGCCUUCCUGGCGGCGCUGCCCGGGCUGCUCACCGAGCUGCUGGUGCAAGAAACGCCCAUAGAGCCGCGCCAGCUGCGGCUGCUCAAUGGCACCGAUCAGCUGGUCAAACUCAGCCUGGUGCAGUGCGAGCUGAGUGGCUUUUCCCUGGAGUCGUCGAUGGCGAUCCGGCUGCUGCAUCUCAAUUUAAGCGGCAAUGCCUUGCGGCAGUUGCAACUGUCGAACAGCUCGCUGGUCAGCUUGGAUCUGAGCGGGAAUCAUUUGAGUAGCUUGAACAGCAGCUGGUUCGCCCAGCUAAGCCAGCUGCAAGCGCUGCAUCUGCAGGCCAAUCAAUUGCACAGGGUCUCCUGGCAGCAGCUGCUGCAGCUGGCCACGCUCCAGGUGGUUCAGCUGGACUUGAGUUCCAAUCAGCUGCUGCGCCUCGAGGACACGGAGCAUGCUGCCUGGGACCAGGCGCAACAGCUGCGCAUACAAAUCGAUGACAAUCCCUGGAGCUGUCAGUGGCUGCUCAACUUUUCACAUGCCCAGCCGCAGUUGUUUCGCCUGUUCCGCUACGCCAAAUAUAUAUCCCAGAUAAAUGUGAAUGGCCUGAGCUGCAGGCCAAAGCAGGAGCAUCCAGCGAUGGAGCCACCAGUUACCACCAGCUCGCUUGACAGCAGUCCACAAUUGGCCCAGAACAAUUGGUCCACGCGUAAUGCCUAUCUGAAUGUGUCCAGCCAUACGGUGCUCUAUGGCAAUCCCAUCCAGCAGUCGCGCAGUCAACGCGCGGAGGCGCUCAUCAUAGUCUUCAUGCUGCCUCUGGGCAUUGCGCUGCUCUUCCUGCUGCUGUACCUCUACCUGCACUGCGAGCGCCUGUUCCACUGGUCCUACUACGCAAGCGGACUGCCCUGCUUUGGUGGCAGCAAGUCUGCGCGCAGCCAUCGCUUUGUGGAUCACAUAGACAUAGUGCGCUAUCCCAUUGCCAAUGGCAAUAGCUCUGCCAGCAUGGCUCUGGAGCUGGAACCGCAGGCCGAUGGCUAUGAGACGCCGCUAAGUGGCGCCGCCUCCAUUUGCAACUGCGCCGGGCACAGGCAGUUCGCAUGCUCCCGCACCCAUCACGUCACCUAUGAGGUAAUGCCCACCGAGCUGCCCUACCAGCUGUACACAGAGAUCAAGGAGCUGGCCGAAGGCGAAGAAAUGGAUAAAACGCUCGAAGAAAUUCCCGCCGCCACGGCGCCCAUCUAUGAACCCUUGGACGAGAAGCCACUGGAGGUCUAGCAGUUGUCAUCAGGUAUACAAAUUAUCUAUCGUGACAGCUGAU